CCUUGAAUUGCACGCUACAGCGAUAUUGUGUUUGCCUUCUGGUGAAUGCAUGUGUCCGGAUGCCACCUUAUGUGCCACAUUGAUGAGUGCCCUCUACUCUUCGGUGACGGAGGAAGUUGUGUUAAAUCGAUAAUUGACGGUCGAUGUGAAGGUUUCUUCUAGGAAUAAUUUCUGUGUUGAGGUUAUCCUUCGCUGCUUGGCAGUUCAAGGCGAUGGAUUAGGGCCUCAUGAACUGAAUGAUGGUGGUAUCCUUGCCAGUGUAAUGGCAGCGGGCUUUAAAGGUGAAAUUUCUCGAUUUCAAGCUGGUGUGACAAAGGAGAUUUCACGACUGGAUGCUUGGUAUUCUAAUGCUGACGGCUCCGUGAAAGAUCAAGCUGCAUACAUUGUGCGUGGUCUUUGUCGCAGGUGUUGUCUUCCAGAACUGAUUUUACGCUGCAUGCAGAUGUCUGUUUCAUUGGUGGAGUUGAUUGAGGUUCCUGAGAGGCAUGAAGAGUUGAUUGAGCUUGUUGCGUGUCCGGAAACAGGAUUUAUUCGUUUAUUCAGUCAACAGCAACUGCAGGAAUUUUUGCUGUUUGAGAGAGAGUAUUCAAUAUGCGCAAUGGAGCUUCAGGAAGAACGCUCUAUGAGCGCCCAUGAACAGCUGUACCAGUCACAGGUUCGAAUCCCUCCACCGACAUGUGUUAUAGGCCUUUGCUGGAGCAGGGAGGGGGAGGGCCUAUCCUUAGAAUUACACAGAAGCUCAAGCUAAUUCCUAUACCCCCUUAACCUAUCAGGGACAGUAACCAAAAAGUAAAGGACCAUUUAGUGAGACAUUUGAUAUAGCCCUCUGAUAUCCUAAGAUCUCACAUAUAAGUCCCCAAUGGAACUUUUUUGUACUUAGAUCUAAUCAUUUGGUAGUUACAUAGGGGCUGCUAAUCAUAACUGAUCGAACUAAUUCCAAAUUUGAUGACCUAGAUUUACAUACUUGUGACAUUUUAUGCUGUUUAGAACUGUACUAUACAAACCCCCUGUGUUUCGGGUUGCUUAAGUUCCAUUGUUUCCCAAAUCUGAUAUUGCAGGUGGUUGAUGCUGUUGGAGGUAAGGUUCCUGUUCUCCUUGAUGGAGGAGUGAGGCGGGGAACAAAUAUCUUCAAGGCUUUGGCACUUGGUGCACGCGUUGUUCUUAUUGGGAGACCUGUAAUGUAUGGACUGGCGGCCAAGGGAGAAAACGGCGUAAAAAAAGUCAUCGGAAUGUUAAAGGAUGAACUGGAGCUCACUCUAGCUCUCGCUGGCUGCUCAACCAUAAAGGAUAUCACAAGGAACCGUGUCAGAACUGACAAUGAAACACACCGGUCUCUACUCUAACUUCUUCUCAACUGCAUUUUGUUAAGGAUUGUUGCAACACUAAGUCAGUCCUUGUCCGCAUCCUGAUUCCAGAGCGUAAAAAACCAACUAAACCGAAGAUUCCAGAGCGUUGCUUCUCUCAAUUUUACAACUCCCGUCAAACCAGUAAAAGUGAACAUUAGGAGACCCUCUUCACGAGAACUCCUUGUCUGUCUGUCUGUCUAAACUGUUUGGUUUGUUCCAUUGUGUGAACUAAUGGAGGCGGUAUCACAUUUUAUUGAGUACAGAGUAGCAUUCACUGUUAAUGGUUUUGGUUGAGAAGAUUCGCAUUCUUGGUUGCAUGUUUCAAAUGAGCUUUUGUUAUUAAUGUUAUUGUGACUGAGAAGACACAGAGAGAUUGGUUUAGGGAUUGAUUUUUCCGUUAUACAGAGUAGCUACCAUUAUCGAGAAUCUGUGUGUAGAAGCUGCUGGGAGAAUGUUAUGGUUGCCCGCUUUGGUGAGCAAGCAAGUGAUAAGUCUGACAGCAUAUGAAUACAGCAAUAUGAUUGGCUGAUUAGUGCCUUAGUAGUUAGUGAGGUGAUGCUGGAGUUGAGAAAUAGGCAAGUUUUUCUAGCUUCUGGAUUUUUAAGAUUACGGAAAGGAUGGUUUUGCGCAACUAUUCAGAACCUGGCAAUCGACAGACUACAUAGUCGUAUGCUUCAUACAUUUGAUCAGUAGACUGUUAGUUCGCGUUCAUCACUCUGAUUUUUGUGAUGGUGCUGAUAGCUGAGCUGAUCUAUUGUAAAUCCCUCGAGUUGCUGCAGAUUUUGCAACUUUUUGUUGUCAAACUAAGUACAGAAGAAGAUGUUGCAAAAGGUCUUGCGCGCACUAGGUGCACAAUAAAUUUAUUGUACACCAAAAUAACUUUUACCCAUUUUUUUGUAACUUUAACAUAGUUUGGAUUAACUUUUAUAUUCAUAAGAAAACACGUUGAUAGAUAAACAUUUUAAAUAGUUAAAUGAUUAAUUUUAUACAUUAUUAA